AGCUCCCUUAUCUAUAUCCACUUCUCUUCACCAGUCCCCCCUCCGCUUCCACCCUUCUCCUACAGCCAUGGCUUCCUCUCCCUUCACCUCCAUGCUCAAAUCCCCUUCUCCUUCCCUGAAUUCCCCAUUUUGCCCCAAGCUCCUCUCCCAAUUCCCAUCGUCUCCCCUCCUCUCGUUCUCCCACACCCUCAGACCAUUCCGCUCGCAGGCCAAGAGUGGCCUCCACCGGAAGUGUGCUACCACCUACUCAGCGCUCACCGUCAGAGCCCAGACGCUCGAUUUCUCGGGGACUUUCUUCGAGGGAGGAUUCGGGUCGGAGGACGACCCGACCUCCCCGCCUGGGUCGGGCAUGACGGCCGUCGAGGAGAGGGAGGAGCCCCAGUGCCCACCUGGGCUCCGACAGUACGAGAGCAUGGCAGUUCUCCGCCCCGACAUGUCCGAAGACGAGAGGCUGGCUCUCACCCAGAGAUACGAGGAGGUGAUGUGGUAUAAAAGAACCAAUUACAGAUCCCUCUGCUCACGUAAAAUCGGGGCCAUCCGAGCAUGUGCUCUGUGUCGAUCGCCAUUUCUGCUGCAGCCAUGCUAUUCUUUUUUGCACAGAGAUGGUGAUGAAGGAUCAACUGAAGUUUCCUCUAAGUUACUGGUAGCAGGUGGAGGCAUGUAUGUGGAGGUUUUCAACAGAGGGGUGAUCCCCCUGGCCUACUUCAUCAAGAAGAAGAACAGGGCUGGGGUUUCUAACACUUACUUGGAUGGCAUCUACCUUCUCUUCACCUACUUCACCAAACCCGAGUCCAUAGAAGCCCUUGAGUCCGCUAUGAAGACCGAUGAUGACAUCAUUAGAUCAUCUACCUUCAAGAUCAGGAAGAGGAAGUAUUAAUCUCUUAUCAACAGCAGUGAGUGUUCAGUUCGAGCCUAAGUAGAGAUGAAAUCCUGCUUAAAUGGAAUUGACCCGAUAUAAAGUUCAUGUCUUGUAUUAUCAGAUCCGAUUUGUUUUUGUACCAUAAUAUGAUAAAGCAGCAGCUUGGAUAGGAUCUCUGAUAGUUGCCCUUUCAAUCCAUCCAACUUACUUGGUGUCCAGGUUUAUGCCUGUUUUUCACCUUGAAGGCGUGAACUGUUGGAGGCACAAGUAUUUUACCAAAUUGAAGCUGCUGUUUUUCGGCUGCAGUUCGUACAAUGUUAACCGAAUCACCAUCUGAAUGAUUAAUAUUGUGAGACGAUUUGAUUCUC